AUAUUUGUGUUCUGGAGUCUAGACUUCUGCUCUGAUGAGCAGUGGUGAGUGGUGAGUGGUGAGUGGUGAGUGACGAGUGAACAGAACAGCCUUACUCAACUCAGCCUCCCCAUUCCGCCAGUCCAGAGUCCCGGCCCAGAUGCUUACAAAUCAGUAGAAAAACCCAAAAAACCAACCAAAAAGGCCUCUUGUAAGUUGUGUGUGUGUGUGAGAGAGAGAGAGAGAGAGAGAGAGAGAGAGAAUGAUUAGUAAUAUUUAGCGGAAGCCAGCCAGUUUCGCUUUUGGAGAACGAAAGAACUCAUCUCUCAGUCUCUCACCUCAUCUAAAUAAGAGUAGAUGUGAAGAAGAACCCACCCGAAGUUGCAGGGAAAGAGAAUAGUUUUUUGAUUUACUCUGUAUACGAGCGGAAGAGAGACACAGGUCUGUGAAAUACUCAGAAACUUCGUCGGCAGCAGGGGCAGCAGGAGUGGAAGGAGAAGAAGAUAGCAGGGUUGUUAUUUCUCUUUCUCUGUGUGUGUGGUGGAAGCUUAAUCCACGAUUUCUGUAGAAAAAGUCAGUGGCAGAAGCAACAGCAGUAACAGUAGCAGCAGCAGCGACAGAAUCUGUAGUGAACCCGCAGUUGUGGCUACUACACGAAGGUUCCCUUCAGAUUCUGGAGCUUUCGCAGACUGGGUAGCUUCAUCUUCCUCCGCUGCCGGCCGUGCAGAUGAUCUCUCCCUCGGCUUCAAUGCACUACCUACAGGUGGUGGAGGUGCCCCAAGCGCCACCGUUACUACCCCUACAGCCGCUUCUGCGUGGCCGAGGCACCAAAUUAAUUACGGUCUCUCACCAGAGAUGGGCAUGGUGGGUCUUCGUGAUGUAUUCCUCGUCGCUCCGGCAUCGUCGUUUCAUCACAACUCACAGCAUCAAGACCCAACAAUCAUCUCCGAUCACUAUCACCACCAUCACCACCAGAUUAGCAAUUCCAACCCCGCAACCGCUCUUGGCGUCGGCGUAAUACCUCUUCUCUCCACCUCCCCUUGUCUCGCUUCUUCUGGCAACGUCGGAAUCGAUAACGACGACGAUAAUCAUAACAACAUCAACAUCAAUACUCGUAGUAAAAUUCAGUUGUGGCAGAAUCAGCAGAGUAACUUCCUCAAGAAUUCUGCUAAUUUCCUCAACACCGGAUGCGGUGGUGUUGGUACUACUGGUGACGCAACCAGUAGCGGCGGCGGUGGAGUUGGGAUUACGGGCACAUCUUCAUCGUCAACUACUACAUGUCAGGAUUGUGGAAACCAAGCCAAGAAGGACUGCAACCACCGCCGGUGUAGGACUUGUUGCAAGAGUCGGGGUUUUGAUUGCGCAACUCACGUGAAGAGCACGUGGGUCCCAGCAUCUCGCCGGCGUGAGCGUCAGUUAUCGGCUGCGGCCGUAGCAGCCGCCGCAGGUUCUUCUGGGUCUACUUCAGGCGUCAAGAAGCCCAGACUCAUUGCUUCACAGACCACCACAACUUCACAUACCUCUACAUCCAAUAACACUCCUCCACGAAGCUUUGAUACUAGCUCAAGCCAUCAAGAUGCGAGUUUUAGGGAGGCAUUGCCGGGGCAGAUACGGGCGCCUGCAGUGUUCAAGUGCGUGCGGGUAACUGCCAUUGAUGAUGGUGACGAUGAAUAUGCUUACCAGGCUGUAGUGAAGAUUGGUGGGCAUGUGUUUAAAGGGUUCUUAUAUGAUCAGGGAGUAGAAGGGAGAGAUGGGUUUCCUAAUCUUUCUGAGUUACACUUAGGGGGUGGUGGGGGUGAAAGGAAUGGUGGUGGUUCUUCUUCGCCAAUUAUUGAUCCUUCGGAUGUUUAUGCGGUGGCCUCUGCAGGUGGUGGUGGAGGAAUGCUUGGAGGUACGGCUUAUGGUAACCCAGUAAAUUGAGGGCUUAGAGGGGAAUACAACAAUGUUAGUCUGGUUUUCUCCCUUGUCCAAAUGAUUAUUCAAUAUUGCCUCAGCGGAUUGUCAUUAGUAUUGUUAUUAUUCUUGUUUUUUGUGUUUAUCCAAACAUUUGUAUCUCUAUUGAUUCUCAAAAGUUUCUUCACUACUGAAUAUCUUCUUCUUCUUUUUUA